AUGCAGGAAAUGUAUACGGUUCUCACCCAGAUCGAAGCAGUUCUUAAUAGUCGGCCACUCAUGCCCAUCAGCGACGACGUUAAUGAUCUGGAAGCACUCACUCCCGCGCAUUUUUUGAUUGGCGAACCACUCAUAUCAAUCCCGCAAGAAACCCCGAACGAAGAACUAAACCUGCUGAAAAAAUGGAAACUGACACAGCAAAUUGUAAAACAAUUUUGGAACCGGUGGUCAGAUGAGUUCAUCUCAAGGUUGCAACAAAGGCCAAAAUGGAUGAAGACAAAGCCGAACAUGGAACCCGGACAACUGGUAUUAGUCAAGAGCGAGAAUUAUCCUCCAUUAAUGUGGCCAUUAGCUCGUAUCAUUGAGGUUCAUCCUGGUGCAGACGGUCUAGUUCGCGUAGCAACAAUUAAAUUACAUGGCCGUAUUACCAAGAGACCAAUCGUCAAGUUAGCGGUUCUACCUAUAGAAGACCACCAUCCAGUGAACAUUCCAGAGGGUUCUAACAAGAAUAAACAUGCCUCCGCGAACAAACAGGACAGUCAGCCCACUAAAGUCAACCGGAAACGAAGAUCUCAGCCAACAACUACUAGAGUUAAAUCAAACAAUGCAACUUCCGCUUCCCACCACAAAAUGGUACGACAUACCGUCAACAAAUUAAAUGUCAACUAA